AUGAUCUCGUUCAUCUCAUGGCGCGUAGGAUUGGCGAUACUAGCGACACUGGCUGCGUUUUUCCUCUCUCGACCAGUUAUCGAGCUACUCCUUUAUAUAAUUCGCGCCCGACUUGACCAGCGUGUGCAAUGGAUCGCAGACGUGCAACACUACAUGCUGACAUAUCUCUGGUGGUUUCUCUUUCUCAUCCUCGUACGCGAUGUAGUAGUCCGACACAUACUUGACUUGGGUGAUGAAGAAGACGAGAUUUUGCAAUACUCAAUGUACAUUGUGGCCGUUCCACUUGUGCUCGGUACAUUUGCCAUGCGCAAAGUCGUAACGAAUCUUUUUGUCCGGUAUUUUAAGUUGGAUCCAUUUUCAUCUGACUACGACGCGCGGAUUUUUGUCAUUACUGAAUCCAUUAAAUUCGUCUAUUUCGUCUUCAUCCUGAUCGAAGUGUUUUAUAUCUUCUUCCUAUCUAACUCGCUCAUGCGAUUUGUCCUUGUUGCGGGGCUUCUAAGCGUUGAAUUAGUUGUUAUUUUCUCUGGUUUUACCAUCCUAAAAAACGUGGCAACAGGAUUGUUUCUCAUUUUUGCUGAGCCAUUUCGAACUGGUAGUGAGGUCAAAGUACGGCGAAUGCUGGGUUUUAUCGAACGAGUAUCACUGGCAAGAACACUCAUGCGACGAGAGGAUGGAUCGCGAAUAUACGUGCCGAACGGAAUUUUUGCUGAUAAUUACCAAACGAGUGGCAAUGCUCAAGACGCUCACACGCACUCACUUAUGCUGCAUCUACACCCCUCGACUUCUUCCCAGAAGAUGAAAGACUUUGUGCAAGAGCUGAACGUUGUUCUGCAGCCAUAUGCUUUGUCCGCAGAAGCGCUUUCUGAUAUCCGGAGAAAUCGGCGCCAGGCUUUCGAGCACAUAUCAAGUAACGCAAGCCGAUUAGAAAGUGAUGAUAGCGUACUUGGUUAUCGACAUCAGACGACUGAACUAGGCGAUGGAAACACUAGUACACCGCGGACAGUUGGAAGGUCAAGUGCAAUUUCUAGCGUGUUCGAUCGAACUGGCCGCCCGAUUGUACCACCAACACCACCUGUGCAGGUUGAUAUUUAUGCCAUGUUUAAGGUCAAAGUGCUUGUUUUUCUGGAUCGUAAUAGUUACAAACUGCUUGAGACCGCGAAAACUGAGGUGAACCUUGCUAUAAUCGACACAAUUCAGCGGCUCAAUCUCAACGCACAACAAAUAGCCCAUUAA